GGGGAGUUUAACCACUAUGACCACAAGUUUGAGUGCCUACCGUGUGCCCUUGGCUGUGACACCUGUUCGGAUCCCUCACCCUGUGUCUUAUCCCUCAACUGGAUCCUCCGCUCUAUCCUACUGGCCGCCUCCGUCCUGAUGGUGUCGUUUUUAUUUGUGCUGGUCUGGUUUACUGUCCACUAUAGGAAUGUAAAGGUUUUAAAGGCUGCAAGUCCUGCCUUAAUGAGGGUCGUCAUACUGGGAGCUUUUUUCCUGUACUGUCCAUCCAUCGUCGGCUACUUCGAGGCCAGCACGGUCACGUGUUGUUUGAAGCUCUGGUUCCGCGAGGUGGGCUUCUCCAUCUCUUAUGGGGCACUCCUGUUGAAGACGUGGCGGAUAUCGGUGGUGUUUCGAGUCAGGUCCGCCCAGCGGGUCAAGAUCUCGGACGCUGACCUCAUCAAGAGACUGGUCAUCAUCGUGCUGGUGUUUGCUGGCUACUUGACCGCUCGAACUGUGGCCGCCAUGCCGUCUGUUGUACAGGGGAGAGACAUCAGCAACUUGAAAGCUUACAUUUGUCACGCCGACUGGUGGGACCAUUCUGCUGCUAUAGCUGAGCUGCUCUUCCUGCUCUGGGGUGUCCGGCUGUGUAUUGUGGUUAGAAAGGCGCCUUCAGAGUUCAACGAGAGCAGGUUUAUCAGCUGGGCCAUCUACAACGAAUUCUUGCUGUCUUUGUUUCUGAAUGUUUCAUUAAUAUUUUUACGGGAACCGUUUCCGACGAACCCUGACCUGAUCUAUCUGGUGCUCUUCAUUCACACCCAGCUGACCACCACGGUGACCCUCGCCUUUCUGUUCGGCUCUAAGUGGUAUCUGGUGUACAAGUACCACGGCAAGAGCCAGGAGCAGACAACUAGCGUCAGCAGGAACUCCAAGUACACCAUGGGGACCCGGCCCCCAAGCAUGACCUCAGCGGCCUUCGGGAGACACGGCUACAGCACGGGCGAGGAAGAGGAGUAUGAGAGCUUCCUGGAGAAGGACAUCCAGGAAGAGUUCCGGCGUCUAUACACACAACUGGAGCUGCUGAGACAGCGGAAUAUGAAAAUAGGCAACAGGCAUUUACAGGUCAAGUUAACCGCUAUGACAGAGGCGGCGCAGAAGGAGGAGACUUUCCAAGGGACCGCCAGAGAGGAGGCGCCCUUUCUGUACCCCACAGCAAACAUGAAUGGCGCCAAGAGAAUCAUCAUCAACCUUGACGACUAUCACCUGACUACAAACGUGUAG